AUGUCCGACGUACCACCAACCGAGUCCAUUCCCAAACCAGAGGAACCUAAAGAACCACAACAGUCUCCUCAGCAACCUCAGUUCCAGCAAGUACCUCCGAAUUACUACCAAUUUCCACCUCAAGGUUACUACCCACCACAAGGCUUCCCGAACUACCCUCCUCAGCCUAUGCCUUACUUCCCCAACCCUUGGAUGUUUAUGCAAAACCCUGCCCCACAAUUCCAAUUCCAAUCUCAGUCCAAGAGAGACCAAGACUUCGAAGAAGGUCUGAACCGCUUACGCAAAGAGUAUGCUACAGCUCCAAUUGAGAGAAAGUUGUUCCCGGACCAAAAAAUAAUGUUUAGGUGA